UAAUCAAACGUACUGCCCUCUUACGUUUGACAACAAAUCAAAGCACGACAGGUUUCUAAAUGCUAUGCUAGCUGGUUUGGUUGGAACCAACAGUAGCUGGGAUUCUUUUACAGAGACAAAUAAUCAUCAUUACAAUGGCUGAAGUUGAGGAGACUCUGAAGAGAAUCCAGAGUCAGAAAGGAGUGCAAGGAAUCAUUGUUGUCAACUCGGAAGGCAUUCCUAUUAAAACCACACUUGAUAACUCCAGUACCGUGCAGUAUGCCAGCCUCCUCCACCAGCUUGUCAUAAAAGCACGGAGUACAGUGAGAGACAUCGACCCACAGAAUGAUCUUACCUUUCUGAGGGUUCGCUCCAAGAAGAAUGAGAUAAUGAUUGCUCCAGAUAAGGACUAUUUCCUGAUAGUCAUUCAGAACCCCACUGAGUAGUAUUACUAUUGUAUUUUCCAUAUAGCUUUUUAUUUAAAUUAUUAUUAUUUUUUUUACUUUUAUGCAAAAAAUGUAUGUAGUAGUUACAUAAGCAUAUGGCUAAUGUCACACAGACAGUAAUGAUCAUUCUGGUCUCUGUAUGGUUGCUGAAUAACGAAUACCAAACAUGGUGUUGUCUGAAUUCAUUUUUGUCAUUCCAGUUUUAUUUAACAGAAAUCAUUAUUCAUUGAUUUACUUUUUAAAUGCCGCUACUCACACAGAUAGUCAAUGUGAGCUAAUAGAGAAGCUUGCUGUUGAAACUCUGUACCUGCACAUGUCUGUCAACAUAUCACAGGCUGUUUAAGUCCGUUUGUGUUCCAAUAAAGUGUAAAAAUGUCA